AUGGAUUAUGCAAAUGAAGGUAAUUUAAGAGGAAACUUAUCAAAAAUAAUCAAAAGUGAUUGGAAUCAAAAAUUAUAUAUGUUAUUUGAAAUUAUUUCUGGACUUUAUGAUAUACAUAAACAAGAGCUUAUUCAUUGUGAUUUUCAUGAUGGUAAUAUUUUAAAUCAUAAUAAGGGUAAAAUUUAUAUUAGUGAUUUAGGAUUAUGUAAACCUGUAAAAUCAUUUUUGAAAAAAUAUGAUAUUUAUGGUGUUAUACCAUUUAUGGCACCUGAAAUUUUAAGAGGAAAUUCCUAUACUCCAGCUAGUGAUAUAUAUAGUUUUUCUAUGAUUAUGUGGGAAUUUACAUCUGGAAUACCACCAUAUAAUAAUAAAGCACAUGAUAUUCAACUUAGUUUAAGUAUUUGUGAAGGUGAACGUCCUGAAAUUAUUGAAAAUACUCCACAGCAUUAUGUAGAAUUGAUGAAAAAGUGUUGGGAUGAAAAUCCAUUAAAAAGGCCAUCUUCUAAAGAAGUGUUAAAUAUUAUUGAAAAUUGGAUUGCUCCUCCAUAUAAUGUUGAAGAUAUUAAUGAAGAAUUAAAAUACAAUAUUAUGGAAUUUAUAAACGCACCAAUUGGGCAUAACAAUAACCUUGCUACUAUAUCUCAUUCACAGGCAUAUUAUACAAGUCGCUUACUUGAUUUUACUAGUAAAGAAUUGAAUGAAAUUCUUGAAAUGAAUGAAAUUCUUGAAAGUGAAGAUUCACAAGCUAAUGUAAAAGUGAACGAAAUGCUAGUAAGUAAAGAUUUGGAUGAUUGUAUAUUUAAUUUGAAGUCAUUAGAUAUUAAACCAGAUAAAAAAUAACCAAUUAUUUGUGUUUUUAUAAGAAUUUAUAGUUUUUUUUAAGUGUAUUUGAUGUUAUGCAUUUAACAGAAAUUGUUGUUUAG